CUCACUACACCUAUCCACUGCACCUCUUUACUCCACACACUUCUUUCCAUCUUCAAGUUCACACCCCGUCCGUCCGGAUGAGUUAUCCAUUUGACAAUAUAGGAAGUCCCUACCGGAGGGUGAUGGAGACUAGGACGAGCUAUGGCCGUAGUAGCGGCAGUCCCUCCAGCGGUUUCCGCUCCCAGACAUGGUCCCGGGCUAGCCCGAGUACUGCUAUUUCAUACAAAAGGAGCUUCAAUGCUCCUGUGGCGAGAGCUUAUGGCUCAACUGUUCUGAGCUCCGCAGAAAACCUUGAUUUCGGCCAGACCUCCAUCCUCAAUGGAGACUACAAGCGCUCCAACGAGAAGGAGCAGCUCCAGGGUCUCAACGACCGCUUCGCCGGGUAUAUCGACAAGGUGCACUUUCUGGAGCAGCAGAACAAGCAGAUCGAGGCGGAGAUCCAGGCACUGCGGAAGAAGCAGGUGUCGCAGUCUCAGAUGGGCGAACUUUACGACCAAGAGCUGCAGGAGUUGCGCUCCAUGCUGGAGCAGACCCACCACGAGAGGACGCAGAUCCAACUAGACACGGAUCACAUCGAAGAAGACAUCCAGCGCCUGAGGGAUCGCUUCGAUGAGGAAGCCCGAAUCAGAGAGGAGACAGAAGCGAUCAUCCGUGCGCUGAAUAAGGACAUGGGGGAUUCAGCGCUCGUUAAAGCAGAUUUAGAGAAGAAAGUGCAGUCCCUGCAGGACGAGAUCACCUUUAUCCGCAACAAUCACCAAGAGGAGGUCAGCGAUCUGUUGGCGCAGAUGCAGGCGUCGCAGAUCACAGUGGAGAAGAGGGACUACCAGAAGGCGGACAUCACCGAAGCGCUCCGUGAGAUUCGCUCGCAGCUUGAGGGCCACUCCACGCAAAACCUCCAGCAAGUUGAAGACUGGUUCGUGUGCCGCUACUCUAAACUCUCGGAGGCUUCCGAGGUGAACAAAAGCGCCAUCAAAUCCGCACGGGAUGAGAUCUCAGACUAUCGCCGCCAGUUACAGUCCAAAACCAUCGAGCUGGAAUCUGUCCGAGGAACCAAAGAGUCGUUGGAGAGGCAACUGAACGACAUAGAGGACAGACACAACAGUGAUCUCUCCAGCCUACAGGAAAACAUCCACCAGCUGGAGAAUGAACUGAAGAGCACGAAAUGGGAGAUGGCAAGGCAUCUGCGAGAAUACCAGGACCUCCUGAAUGUCAAAAUGGCGUUAGAUAUAGAGAUUGCUGCAUACAGAAAACUUCUUGAAGGAGAAGAAAGCCACUUCAGCACUUUUCCAUAUCGGCAGGCCGUCACCAAAGGCCCCAAAGUUAAAAGUGAACCCCCCAAGCUUAAAGUGCAACAUAAGUUUGUGGAGGAGAUCAUCAGUGAGACGAAGGUAGUGGAUGAGAAGUCUGAGAUGGAUGAGGCCUUGGCUGAGAUGGCAGAGGAGUUAUCAGCUGCCAAGGCAGAAGAAGAGGAAGAGGAUGAGGGGGAAGCUGAGGGUGAAGAAGAGGUUAAAGAGGAAGAAGAGAAAAAAGACGAGGGUGAAGAAGAAGCAGAAGAAGGAGAGGAGGUGAUUGCCUCUACUCAAGCCAAAGUGGCCUCCAGUGCCCCUGAUGAGGAUGCAGAGGAGGGAGAGAAGGAGGGAGGUGAUGAAGAAGAAGAAGAAGAAGAAGAGGCUGGAAAGGAUGAGGAGGAGGGAGAGAAAGGAGAGGGGGAAGAGGAGAAUGAGGAGAAAAAGAAAGGAGAUGAUGAAGAAGGAGGAGAAGAGGGAGAAGAGGAAGAGCAGGAAGCUGAGGAGACUGUCGUGAGCUCUAAAGCAUCUGAGGUCAAGGCCUCGCCUGAGAAAGAGAAAGCAGAAGAGAAAGAGGGCAGUGGAGGAGAGGAAGAGGCUGAUGAAAAAGAUGCAGAUGAAGCAGAUGCAGGUAGCGACAAAGGAUCAACAGAUGAAAAAGAGGAGCAGCCUAAGAAAGGAGAAGCAGAUGCCAAAGAGGAGACGAAAGGAAAAGAUGAGAAGGAGGAGCCCAAAUCUGAAAAGGGAAAGGCAGCUGUGACCCAGGCAGAAUCCCCGAAAGAGUCUCCGAAGGAUACCUCACCAAAGAGUGAGAGCCCAAAGAGUAAAACUCCUGAGACAGAGGAUCCAAAAAAGGAAAUCCCCAAAAGCGAUUCCCCAAAGAGUGAGAGUCCUAAGAUAGAGACCCCUAAGGCAGAGCCACCAAAAGCCGAGGCUAAAGAGGAUUCCACAAAGGCAGCAGAGGAAAAGGCCAGCAAAAAGAGUGAACCAGAGAAAGAGCCUGAAGAUAAAAAGACUGAUAAGAAAGAAGCAACCGUGAACGGAGACAUGGGAAAGAAGGAUGAGAAGAAAGAAUCUGAUAAGAAAGAGGUGAUCUCCAAUGGAGUGGACGAGAGCCCAACCAAAGACGACUCGAGUCAGAGGGUGGUUAUCACUAAAACGGUGGAGACCAUUACCACUGACGAGGGUGGAGUCCAACAAAUUACAAAAACUGUUACCGUCACUGAGAAAGGAGAGGAGGUGGAAGAAAAUGUCCAGGAGAAGGUGGCCUCCAAAGCUGCGGAGAAACAAGCAGUGAAGGUCACUGAAGCAGAUUAAACCAAAACAUAGCAAACAAUGCUGACAGAAGAGGUACUGGGGAGAAUGCAUAGCAAGCAAUCAACACAAAACUAACAUCAUAAAGAAAUCAUAAAGCUCAACAGAUGAACUUAAUGACAUUAAACACUCUGAAAGACUUAACAAAUCAAGCGUAGAGAGAAUCCAUAAAAUGCGGCAAGCUAAAAUUCUAAAUGCAUGUUGAGUGACAGCUUUAAAGGUUCUGCAGCAUAUACGGUCAGGGAAGUCAGGGAUUCUUUCACAUUUCUUCAAACUGCAAUACCCGGGGAGGGGGGCAGUCACUUGAAUGUGGCAUCUGCAUGCCAGCUCGGGGGGGAGCACGAGAUAGAAAAAUAAACACUGUAUGUAUCACAGUAAUAUUACAAUACUUGCAGAAUGGUGGGGAAUUACAUUUGCUUUGAGUUAGGGAGGGAGGCAGGAUUGUAGGAGAAAUGUGUUCCAACAAAGCAGCCUUAUAUAAAUACUAACACAAGGACACCAACUGAGCCAAAAAUAAAACUCUGUUUUAAGGAUGAGACGAUGGUUAAAAUAGCCCAUGGUCAUAUACAACUCAGUACAUAAAGUAAUUCUUAGCCUUUAAACAUGCUUUUCUCCAUUGUAAGUUAUGUUUACCAAAUGAGUGCAUUUGAAUAUAAACCUGUCAUUGUGCAACAUACAUUCUUGUAUGCAUAGGAUUGACUUCAACUUAACUACUUACCAUUAAUAAGGUGCUACCAUUUGCAGUCCCAUGUCUCGAUUCAUUUGAAUGAAUUUCUCAGCAGCGUUCACUCAAUAAACAUCAAAU